AUGCCUUAUCCUUCGCCCCAAGACCCUGUUUGCUUCCCACAUCUCCCAUCCAAAAAGUCCAGUUUUACUGGCAAAACAGCCAAGUCCAGUUUUACUGGCAAACCAGCCAAGUCCAGUUUUACUGGCAAACCAGACAAGUCCAGUUUUACUGGCAAAACCAAGCCAAGUCCAGAAGAAAUUCUGGCGUCCUUUUCUUCGGAAAAAAUCAAUAAAAAAGCCAAAUUUGCAUCAUGUUUUGUUGACUUUGUCAAUAGAAUUGAAGCAAAAAACCAGACUUUCUGCGAUUAUCAGCCUUCCAAAGCUGAUAAUCAAAGAGAAAAACAGCAAAAUCAGAGUAAAAGAUCGGCGUUCACCGCUCUUGUUGAAGAAUCCUCCAUCGUGAGAUCACAAAUGAGUGACCUGAGAGAGCCGGUGAAAGAACAAUACUCGAAAAGCCCAAAAAGACCAGAAAUCCUUCUCGGAGGAGCAAGAACAACCAGAACAGCCGAAACCAAGGAGUUUGAAAUAAUUGAGAAAAACCAGAAAACAAUUAUAGUCAGACUUCGCGUACCAAAUAAAGCCGCCUAUAAAUGUCCAAUUUCAGGCUGUUUCAUGCAGUCAGUUGUUGGAAUUGGCGCAGAGCCAAACAGAUACAUGGUAAAACAUGUUAAAGAUCAUAAUCUCAAAAUAGAAUUCACAUAUCAAUGUGAUAUGUGUGAAGCCAUUUGCCCAGAAAGAUACACCUAUCCAACUAGGUGGAUCACAGACCAUCUCAGAUCCAGCCAUUCAGCAGACGUUGACAAGCCUAAAACCUUGUCAACAAGAGAUAACAUAGAAAAGUCGUUUAGAGAAGCUGCCCCUUCUCUAGCGCUAACCAGAAAGACCAAGAAAACCCCUGAAAAGGCCCAGCUGAUCAGACCUCAAACCAGAUCUGUAUCCAAGCAGCUUAGUGCCUCAAAGGAACCAAAACCAGAUCUAAAUCCCCGUCUCAGCAUAUCUAAACCAAAAAGCCUAAAAUCUAUCAAAGAAGAAGCCUCUUCUGCGAUAGAAACCAAAAGCCCAAGAAGGAGCCUUGCUCCUAUCUUUUCAUCAGCCAAGCCCAUCGUUCGAAGUUCUCUUGCCCCUUCAAUUCCUAUCCGUAAUCAGGGAGUUAUUCCGGCUAGCAGAUCUUCGAUCGAUAAACCAGACUACAAACGCCUUUCUUCCUCCUCGGCCUCUGCUAAACAAACAAAAGAGGAAGAUGAAAGGUGCCGCCAGGUUAAACAAACAAAGAGAGCGUCCCUUUCCCUUUCUUGGCAGCCAGCCAAGAAAGAAGAAAGGGGAGAGAAAAUCAAAGAUCAAAGACCAAAAGAGAAAAACAACGAAGGAAUCAAGAAAACUAGCAAAAUUGAACCUGAAAUUGUAACUCUUGAGGAAGACAAAGAACCAGCCAAAAAUAGACUAAAUAUCUGGAGUUUAACGCACGAAUUCGGAAACGAAGCGUGGUUGGAUUCAGAUAUUUUAACCAGAUUUAUUGAAGACCAAGCCAAAGAACAUCCUAGAUUUUCAGUGCUGGAUCCCCUGCUUUGGCAUUAUUGUAAAGAUAGUGUUGAAGAGGGAGCCCGAUUCAUCACUGGAAUCAUGAGCAAUGAAAGAACACAUAUUUUCCCAAUAUGUGAGCACUCUCAUUGGGUCCUAAUUGUGUCUUCCUCUCGGGGUUGGUACUUUUUAGAUCCAUUGGGAUCAGACAGAACAAUGCCCCGAAAGAUUCUCGAAUUCUCGAAAUUCUUGAAAGGCGACAGACUUUAUUAUAAAACUAGCCCACCCAAACAAAAAGACACAUACAACUGCGGAGUUCACGUGUGCCUUAUGGCAAAAUGCAUAAUGACAGAAGACGUGUGGUAUACGGAAGCUGACAUUUGUAUGUUCAGACUCAAUAUGCUCACAAAGCUCAGAAAUUCAAACAAAUAUUCCUUGUUUGAAGAAAAGAUAGAUAACCAGAUCAUGGAAGUUGAACUUCCAGAACCAGAACCAGAACCAGAAAUCAGCCAAGAACCUGAAUAUCCAGAAUUGGAUAUAACCCAGGAUCUAACUCUCUUAGACAGUGACUCUGAAUCUCCCUCCAGAGAAGAUGAAUUACUAAAUGAAACAGCCUCUGAAGAAGUAGCUGAUGCUACUUUAGAUAGCCCAAAACCAGAGAUUCCGGGUCUUAUGGAUACAAUUCUUGAAAAGCCAGCUUUUCUCGAGCAGCCACAAUCCAGAAGACAAGCCCGGAAAGCUCGAACCCAGCCAAUUAAGAUCCAGAAAAAGCUCAAGGGGAAACCCGAAGAACUCAUAGAUCAAGUCAGAGUUUGGUUUACCAAACAAAUGGAUGACUAUGAAAAAGAUGGAAAGUCCUUCCAAAGAUUGGAAUGGAUAGCAGAUGCCUUGGCAGCUUCUAUUCACCAAGCUUCGGUAGGCGACACAGAAGCAAUCGGUAAGAUUGUUAAGCGAUGCCCACCACCAGAAAGAUCAGCUGGUGACAUGUGCACCCAAACAGAAAAGCCCAAACACAUUAGACCACCAAAACCAAGCCACCAGACUUCCCCAGUGGAAGAAGACCACAUUAUGGCGCAAUAUGCUAAAAAUAGAUCUAAAACUUAUUGCAAAAUAACCAGAAAAGAAUCCAAGCAAUGCGAAAUUUCAAUCGCGACCGUUGAAAGCCAUUUCAACAAGACAACCCAAGAAACUAAUGUUUCGCAAGAAAUAUUAACAGAAAUGAGCUCUGAAGUCCCUAAAACCAACAUAAAUCCAAGCAUAGUUGAAGAAUUUAGACCUUCAGAAAUCAAAAACGCCCUAAAAGCCACCAAAGACACAAAGCCCGGAGUAGAUGGUGUUCAUUAUCAUCAUCUACAAUGGUUUGACCCAGAUCACACCCUUCUCUGCAAGUUAUACAAUGCUUGUAAAGAACAGAAAAAGAUCCCAGGAAACUGGAAAGAAGCAGAAACAAUUCUCAUCUAUAAAGGUGCGAAUUCAGACCCAGCUAAACCAGAUAAUUGGCGACCCAUUAGCCUAAUGCCAACUAUCUACAAACUGUAUAGCAGCUUGUGGAACCGCCGAAUUAGAUCCGUAGGCGGGAUCAUGAGCAAAUGCCAACGGGGCUUCCAAGAAAGAGACGGAAGCAACGAAAGCAUAGGAAUCCUCAGAACAGCCAUAGACUCAGCCAAAGGAACCGGAGGAAAUGUGAGCAUUGCCUGGUUAGAUCUAACCAACGCAUUUGGCUCAGUUCCUCACGAACUAAUCAGACAAGCCCUAAAAGCCUUUGGAUUUCCCGAAGAGCUUGUAGAAAUCGUAUCAGACAUGUACGACGGUGCCUGCAUCCGAGUACGAACCAAGACCGAAACAACCAGCCCAAUCCUGAUUAAAUCAGGUGUCAAACAGGGAGAUCCAAUCUCCCCAACGCUCUUCAACAUGUGCCUAGAACUUGUCAUUCGUAGACACUUGAAAAAAGCCCGAGGACAUAAAUGCCUCAAGACCAACAUUAAGACUCUAGCCUUCGCAGAUGAUAUGGCUAUUUUAGCCAAUAGCCCAAACCAGCUCCAGAAAGAACUUGAGGACUUGGACAAAGAUUGUACUAGCCUAAAUCUAAUCUUCAAGCCCUCAAAGUGCGCCAGCCUCACAAUUUCUGAAGGGAAAUUGAAACAAAGACCCCUUCAUCUGAAGGGACAGCCAAUUAGAACAUUAAACGAGACCGGUACCUAUAAAUACUUAGGUAUCGAGACCGGAAGCCAAAACCGCAUCUCAGAAAUGGAGCUACUCUCCAGUGCUCUAAAAGACAUAGAACUUGUUCUUACAAGUCAGCUCGCCCCAUGGCAAAAACUAGACUGUAUCAAAUGCUUUAUACUGCCUAAACUGACAUACAUGUAUGCUAACGCAACCCCUAAGCUUAGUGAGCUGCGUGAAUUCAGUAACAUGGUUAUGAAAGCCGUUAAGACAAUGCAUAGCAUCCCAAUCCGAGGUUCGCCCCUAGAAUAUAUCCAAAUCCCUAUCUCGAAGGGUGGACUCGGUGUCCAAUGCCCCAGAAUAACAGCCUUGAUUGGAUUCUUAGUCUCGACUAUGAAGAAAAUUUGGGCUAAAGACCCGUAUAUCCAGAAAAUCUAUUCAGACUUCCUCCAAGAAGUCGCAGAAAAAGAAACCGGCACAGAAAAUAUGAAUAUAGACCAAAUUGCUGAUUAUCUCAGCAAUAAAACCCAGAUAAACAAAAAAGCCUUCGGAUUUAGCGUAUUCACCAGAGUACGCGACAUCUGUAAAUCUCUAUCCAAGCUCAAAGACUCACCACUCCACUUGUUGGAGUUCACAGCCGUAGACCAAAAACUAGCCAUUAAGAUUCAAGCCACAGCAGAUAGCGAACCCGUUAUCGUCACAGAAAAGAAUCUUAAGAAAUUGCAACAGACUCUAAAAGCCCAAGUGUUGGAAGCUUUGCUUCACAGAUUCACAACAGAAAAAGAAUUCAAAAGCAAAGUGGUGCAAGUCAUCCAACAAGAACCCAGAUCAAACGCCUUCGUUAGAACCGGAGGUAAAGUCAGCAUCUCAGCCCAUAAAUUUGUUCAUAGAGCACGCCUAAACCUGCUCUCAUGUAACAACAACACUUAUGAUAAGACCAAUCCGAAAGGAUGUAGAAGAUGCCCAGCAGAAAAAGAAACCCAGAUCCAUAUCCUCCAGUCGUGCCACUAUGCGCUUGGAAAGGGUAUAACAGACAGACACAACCAUGUCCUUUACUCUGUAAAGGAAGCCAUAGAAAAAGGUUCUAAAAAGAACUGGAAGCUUAAGAUCGACAGGCGAGCUGGGCCUGGCGAAGAUAGACCAGACAUCCAGAUGGAGUCUCUGGAUGGAAGACAGAUAAUCCUAGCCGACGUAAGAAUAACUUACGAAAACGGCAUAGCCCCAUUAGAAACAGCCUGGAAAGAUAAGAUAGACAAAUAUCAGCAUCUUGUCGAGUACUAUACCAGACUCGGCAAGAAAGCAGUGGUUCUGCCAAUAAUAGUAGGAUCACUCGGAACAUGGUAUAAGCCCAGCACAGAUUCGCUCCUAGAAAUGGGCCUCGGAAGAGGAACAAUUCGAAACCUGAAACCAGAUCUGCUAGCCUCAGUAUUAGAAUAUAGCAAGAACAUAUACUGGCAGCACAUAUUUGGAGAUAAAUACAUAGGGAAUAAAAACCCCUAUACACCAGCCCAGCCUAACAAAGCCCAAAAGAAACAGACCAAGCCAGCUCUUCUUGAGCUGAACUAAACAGCCUAAGACUGCACGCCUUAGUUCAGGCACAAACCUGGAAAGUAUCUGAAGUGAAUCUAACCAUCACAAGAUGAUACGUGUACAACAGACCUAAGAUCAGCCAAAGAUACCGUGAGGUUCGGGUGGGCAACUCCGGUGCACUUAGUUACCCUUGGGUACGACGGGUGCACCAUUAAGGAGGAAUCCUGGUUUAGCCUAAACGGGAAAAGGGAGCUUAUACUAGACCCAGCAUAUCUAUUACCUGCUGUCUUGCAAUCAUCUUCAGCCGAUGAUUCUGCGGGCAGGAAGCAUAAUAGACUUGUAUGGAUAGUACAUGACUCAUUCAGUGGACUCUCGCUCUUCCGAGCAGCUGAUGAUCAUGACCCCGUAUCUUCGGAUACACCCUUACCAUUCCCAAAUCCAAAAACGGUAGCCCAAUAG